AUUGGAAAGACUUAGAAACCAGAAACUUUGUAUUUCUAUGUGAAAUCAGUUAUAGUUAAAUAAAUAGCGGUAACUAACAAGACAAGUUGGGUCCAUAGCUCAGUGGUAGAGCAAUUGACUGCAGAUCAAUAGAAAGACUUAGAAACCAGAAACUUUGUAUUUCUAUGUGAAAUCAGUAUAGUUAAAUAAAUAGCGGUAACUAAUAAGACAAGUUGGGUCCAUAGCUCAGUGGUAGAGCAAUUGACUGCAGAUCAAUAGGUCACCGGUUCGAACCCGGUUGGGCCCUUAUUUUUCUUUUCUCUUUUUUGUUCUCUAAGUUAGAAAGGAAUUGCCUAUUAGAAACAAACAACCUGCAUCAAGAUUCAAGGCAUAACAUUUUGUGCAACAUACUGUUAAUUAACAGAUCCAAUCUACACGUGAAGAUAAGAUGUUGAAUAUGCGAAAAAAUGUGCAGUCCAAAGAGCAUUAUAUUAAUGGCUAUUAUUACCUCAAGAAUUCAAGGGAAAAACAGUGGAAACACAACAAAUAAUGACAAAGAGUCAAAUGAAAGCAAAGGGAAGGAACAAAGAAAAAACGUGAAGUGAAGCAUGAAGAAAAAUCUUUUCUUUUUGCCUACUUAUUCCUUCACGCAACCUAAAGGGCCUUUCUUUUUCUUUGAUUAUUCAAAUCAUUUUAAAAAUUGAAUUUUCAUAUUUAUUUGUCCUUAAUAGGAUGCAUCUUAAUUAUAUAUAUAUCCCACGUUUUAAUAUCAAUUUAAAAUGUCAGGUAAGAAGAAGCCAACUUAAUCACAAGCUUUCGACAAAACAAAAUUGCAACUACUCAAUUAACUAUGUAAAAUGUACUGGUCUAUAUUCAUUUAAUCUGUUAUUCUUCAAAAUUUUGAAUUUCUUAUGAGUUUUGUAGGAGAAGUUAUGAUGCAUUCGUCGUUGCAUUUAUUUCUUUGAGAAAUUCAAAAUUCGAAAAUUAGAAAUUAUGGAUGUGAUCAUUAUUAUAUCACGGUCUCAAGAAUCUCGUUGGUUUCUUUAUUACGAAACUCGUACAAAAAUCAUAACAUUGACAUUCAAUGUAUGGUUUUUAAAUCACAUAUGAAUUCAUCAACGUUAUAAUUUUGCAGUUUGUGUAUAAGAGAACAUUGUGUGAGAUAUUAGACAAGUGAGAUGCUUGUGGAAAUAAUUAAUUAAUUUGCUUACCAAGUCAACAAUGGACCCGUUAUUUUCAUCAUCAUAUGUAUGUUCUCACUUCUAAUGUACUCAAUCGGCAACAAUUCUAAUAAUGUAUUGACUUUAACAUAUUAUAACCAUCUACUCAUCUAGAAAACGUUUUAAAAUCCAGUGUUCAAAUCAUAAAUAUGACUAGAGAAUAUUAGCAAAUACAAUAUGUAUUUAUUUACAAUCAACUUUAUCAACUACGAAUUCUAGACGUGCAAAGUCAAUCAUAUUGGAAACUUUUAUAAUUACUAAAUUAAUAAAUAUGUUGGCAAAAAUGUCAAGAAAACACACGCACACAAGAAGACGGGCUUCUUUAAAUAAUUGGGUACUAGUAGGCAGACGAAUGUCUUUCGGACAAAGAACAAGACAUACUUCUCUUCUCUUCUUCCAAAGGUUUCAACUUAAUUCAUCUUAUCCACCACCGCCAUGAGCCACAAGAAUCACCACUCCCAGCGGCCAAGCUAUGCUACCGACCCAAACACCAUGUUUGUUCAAGCAGACCCCUCCAAUUUUCGAAACAUCGUCCAAGAACUCACGGGAGCACCACCGGAACUCUCCCCCGUCUCCACCGCACAACAUAAGCUUCCUUUAACUCCAAAGAAACAAGCAUUCAAGCUCCACGAACGCCGUCAGUCAUCCAAGAGGAUGGAGCUGAAGAUCAACAAUGAUUCUUUGGGCCAGUUCAACCGCGGGUUCCUCGUCUCACCGGUCUCUCACCUCGAUCCAUUCUGGACGCGCGUGAGCCCACAGUCAGCACGUGAGAAUCACCACGCCAUGCCGGAAAAGGAAGAGCAAAAAGUCAUAGCUGAGAAAGGGUUUUACUUCCUUCCGAGUCCGAGAAGCGGGGACGAGCCAGCGCCGGAGCUUUUGCCUUUGUUUCCUCAACGGAAUGAAAACGAUCAUUGCCACUCAUCUUAUUAACUAAAGAGUUCUGAUUGAUCGUAAGUUAGUGGCACUUGAUAUCGCUGUUGCUUUUUUUUAUUACUGUUUUUGUUAGGGGUAGCUAGUAUCCGUUUUUUGUUUCUUAAUUAACCUUUUGGACCUUAUUAAUUCUAUCAUCCCUUCAUUAACCUUCUUGAAGGGUCAACUAUUCCGGCGUGUGUAGUCCACUUCCUUUAGAAUAUAAAAUAUUUAAAGUA